GACACUUUGUCACAGGCGGCGCACAACGAAAUUCGUGAAACUGAAYCACCGACCAAAUCAAUUGUUACAAGAACAACAGCGAAUGGUUUGAUCGUCUCCAUCAUUUGCGGUUUGGAGAAGCAAAAUAGCAAUUCUUCACUAACUACUAUAAGUUUAUUGUCGUGGAGUCGACGCGUACGAAAGCACGGCAUUAGAAAAAAGAGGCCGAAGGGAACGUCUAUUCAUUCUGGAAUAAUAAGCUUCACGUCGUCAUGGGUAACGCUGAAUCAUCUCCACGAAGCUACCACGGCAAUGACGAUCUAGAGGGUUCCGGUCUACCUUCCUUUCCGGGAUCGACCCUGGUCGAGUCAGCACUCAAGUGCGGGAAUAUUGACGACGCAGCAGGGGGGGGCUGCGAAGAUUACAGCAGCAGAGACCACCCCGGGAGGCGAAAAAAGAAAUCACUGGCGGCACAGCUUCUCUCCCGUGCAGAGAACUGUGUCAUGUCCCCGCAGAACUCCGAACUGGAAGGGCACAACAGUGACAGCGACGUGGACAACGGAAUCAGGCACCCCCACUCAUCGUCGAGUGAMAAMGACCCCAAGCAUUUCUUUGACGAGGAAUACGAAGAAUUCGGUCGGGGGCGCGGGGGUGCACCAGGUGCCAAAUCAAGCAGCAAAAAAGAGAAGAAGCACUCGAGUGGCACCGCCCAACAGGAAAACAAAGCCUCGUCCUUGUUGGCAAAGUCGUUGAUGUCCGAAGUUGAAGAUCCAAACUCCAUGGCCCCCGAUGCAAUGACCGAUCGCGAGAAGAAAUUGUUGAAGGCCCAAGAAAAGGCACGCCAGCACAAAGUGCAGUACGGAAUGGGAAGAUUUGGCAACGAUCUUGGCAAYGACAAGGGUAUGGUUCGGCCAAUUGGUUCACCCAGCGAAGGGGUUGGGCAACCGAGCGUCCUGGGUAGCAUAGCCCAUGUCUUGAAGGGAAAUUUUAGUGAUCCGAACAGUGAUGUUGGAGACAAACACGAAGGAAACGAUUCCUCUGUUUUUCCGCCAAACAGUUUGUCGGUCAAUCAUGCCGCCCAAGUCGAGCAGCGCCGAGGAAAAAACAUGAAGUCCACGUCGGGCAAACACACAGUAACAAUCGGAUUGAGUCUUUCCCGAAGAUCRUCUUCUCUUGGACACCCCGAUACGGUUACUCGCCAAACYGCAUUUGAUUUCAACGAACUGCAAGAUCGGGAAUACAAGUACGUUUCCAGUACCGACUCCAGUGGUUGGAGAGCAGGAGGCGGAGAACGAGGUGAUAAUUGCGAAGAUAAUGGCAGUUUCAUCGGUGACGACGGAAAAAAGAAGAAUGGAAUGAGCACCCCUGCCAGUACCAGAAGUAGUUCGAAUGUUCCUUCCACGCCAAAUGGAGAGCAAAGUCACAAGGUUGCAGCUCCCGAUACGGUGCACAUCCCAAUUAUUCAGAUUGAUGCCGAGUCGCCGCAAGUAAUCGAUGCCAUCAUAUCUGCAUUGGCACGCGGAGAAAUUUUCAUUCCACACAUGGCAAUCAUUCCCGAGGCACUCUCUGUCGACGGAGUGAGUCCACCCGAUCUUGUUGUCAGAUUUGGAACUGAACGCAAUGAAGAUUUGCCUCCCGAUGAGUGGCCCAAUUGGUGUUUGGAAUUCAUGCACAACCAGCUGUAUGAAUAUUUCCAUGAAAUGGGUGCUCGAUGGGUGAAACGACCCUUUUCAAUCACACUAGCCAAGAAGGUACGCUGGAAGACUGUCAAGCACAUGAAUCGCUAUUUCUCACAUGCCGAACGUGUGAUUGAUGCGUGGAGAGAAAAGGGACCGCAGUAUCUCGACCCACAGCUYGCAUACAUCGAAGGUGGGGCUACCCCCGAAGAAGUUGCUCGACCACACGGAAUUUAUUUGUUCAGGAAUGGCGUCCCUACAAACUACUUUGCACCGAACUUCCAUCCACCCUACACGACGAAAAUGACGCGGUCUCUGCUGUUCAACGUGCUAGGCAAGUCUUGGGAUAAGAAACGACGAGAAUGGUCGUCGGCACCCAUUCCGAAGCUUAUCACCCCAUCCUUGUUGGUAUCAGCAAUGUGCGGGUGCGCAGAUAACCAAACAAGCGGAUUUAUSGCCACCGAAGUCACAUUGGUGGACGGGUCUUCCGACCGAUCUACAGCAGUGCCCGCAGGGGCCGCCGUUCGUUCGUUUACGYCAAUGAACAAAACUCCUGAAAAGAAUAUGUUUGGACCAGAUCCUUCUCCUUCCAAAAAGAAGAAACAGAAAGAUUGGACAGGAAACGCUGAUCAGCAAGCGGUUCCGUCACAGAGUGAUCCACCHCAAUCUAUUGCUAAUGAACUAGAUGCCGACAUUCCGACUAUCAAACCACAAAUUUCGUCGUCCUCGGCCUCGUUCUUCGAUGGAAUUGGAAGCGGUUCGAACGACAUGAUCCCUUCGCCACCAGAGGAUGGCGUCGCGAGUAAUAAGGAACAAAGAGAACCAGAGCAAAAGCAGCAGAUGCUACCGCUUGAAAACUCUCGACAGACACUUGGGCUACAGGAUCAACGCCAAGAUCCUCAAAACGAACGACGACUGUCAGUUGAUAGUGAUGAAGCUAACGACGAGAAUUCAGGAGAUAGCAAGAAUCACGAACCCAGAAGUGGAAAAGGCAUGAAGAAAGGAAAACGAUUUAACUUGUUCAAGAAGAAAAAGAAAAGUGAGGAGAGUGACAGCAUCACGAAGACCGCUGCUGACGAGAAAUGGUUGAAUGAUUUGGUAAGUUUUUGUGUUUCUGAUUUGUUACGUUUGUCAAUGGUUUUUUUUAUCAGACACUAAUCUUCUACUCGUUUUUGUCGUUGUGAAUACAUUAUAGGGUACACCUGUGGCCAAUACAGAGUACACCACGAUUGAAUCGCUAAAAGCAUCAAACAAAGGAAAAGAUCCGAUGGCCGACAAGUUCCGCGAUGGAGUGGUUGGCCCAGGAAGUCCAACUGUGAGAAGCAACAACUCUAAAUCUGCGAGGAAUGGACUUUUGAACGUGAAAGGCAGUGAGCCCGCAAGGGCUCUCUCGAUGGAAUAUUCACAAGACGAAUCAACCAUGGUUGGUGAAAAAUCUGUCGGUGAGUACACUUUUGAUUCUACACUACUGGGUCAAAACUUUGCGGCAGACUCUAAGUCCGUCUUGAGUGUCCCUGCAAAAGCAACUUUUGUGAUGAAAGAACAAAAGAAGGAAGUGCCCGAAGAUACGCAACACACUCGUGCAUCCAUCGGAGCGGGCUCAUCGUAUACGACUGCUGAUGACGAAUCAGUUCCUAGCGAUGAAGCACUGUUUGCUGCUGGUUGGGCAAAGGCGUUAGAUCCAAGUAGUGGUUACCACUACUACUUUACAUUAGACAGGAAGCAAACCGUAUGGGAGAAUCCGCUUGCCGUUACCGAUGGAGAGAGUUCGGUCGGGGAAAUAUAGGAUCCUUUGACCAAAAUUUUCGUGCGAUUGCAUUUUGAACCAAUAUUUCAUAACCGCCCAGCUCAUGCCGAUAGCAUUGGCAUAAUAACGAUUAAUGUGUAAA